AUGACUGGAAAACAGGAAAUUUACGAGGUACCUGGUCCCUCAACUCUGCAGGCCAUACCGGUCGAGCCAGCUGCUCCCGAACUCGACCCGAAGCAGGCAGAUCAGAUCGCUCCUGAUGGGGACAUCAUCUUGUACACCCCAGGCGAGAAGCCCUCAUCCUCUGGACCUCCUCAACUUGUGCAGACUGUUAGCUUUUUGGUGUCAUCAGCCCAUCUUAAACUAUCGUCCAAAUACUUCAACACUCUACUCUCUGAUCGAUGGUCUGGCGCACGAGACCCAACAGCCGGGGGCUUAAUCACAAUUGCAGUCGACGAUUGCAAGCCUCACACCUUGCUACUGAUACUCAACAUCAUUCAUGGGCACACACGGAAAAUCCCAAGGCAGGUUUCUUUAGACCAACUGACCGAGUUCACCGCAGCGGUUGACUUCUUUCAGUGCGUGGAAGUGGUCGAGCUUGUCGCGCAGAUGUGGAUAGAAACCCUCAAACCACAAGUGCCAGCACAGUGGAGUGCUAUGAUUCCCACGUGGAUCAUGAUAUCCUCGGUAUUCAAUAAUAGGGAGAUUCUGUCUCGGGUUUCAAAAAUCGCUAUGGAGGAAGGAACAGGUCCCUUGCAGACCAACGGGCUGCCUAUCUCCGGGUUCAUCAAACAGGGGAUUGACCAGAACAGAGAGGCGUACCUCCAGAAAGUUCUCGGUGCUGUACAGAACCAUAUCGGCACACUCCUUGUGACAAAACCUAGUUGUCAAGGUUCAUGCAACGCAGCGUAUUUGGGGGCUCUGCUGAUUAAAAUGACCGAUCUCAACAUAAUAUACUUGCCAACUUCUGGGAUGAGAUCCCCCACGGAUACUUCCACUAUACCGCUCGGGGGGCUGAGCCCCUCAAUCGUUCGCUCUAUGGUCACAGAGGGCAAGCUUGACGUACAUCAUUGCGGGUAUAGCUGCUCAAACAGGAUGUAUCCCUGGGGACACAAUUCCCGGAAUCUUGCUAUGCAGAAGUGUGAUGAACUGCGGAUUCCUAAGAUCUAA